AUGUUCCGAAUACUCGAAUCGCAAGCGCCGGCCAAACAAACGGCAACGGACACAAUCAACACGCUGAGCAGUAGGCUCCAGAGCGUCACAUUACUCGAGGACCGACGAGCUGCGAUACUAGGAUUGAGGAGCUUUGCAAAGAUCUACCCGGCUUCUGUUGCGUCGGAGUCGCUUCGACCCUUGAUCAGCAGCCUCCGGAAUGACCAAGAAGAUGUGGACACGGUUAAGGUGGUCUUGGAGACGUUGUUGAAUUUGUUUUCUCCAGAUGAGAGCAGUCCCGAAGCGUCGGACGAGAUAGCUCUUUGGCUCGCCGAUGAGUUUACGCAACGACAAGAUAACAUUACGACACUCCUUGACCUCCUCGAGACGAACGAUUUCUACUCCCGCCUAUAUUCCCUACAGUUGAUCUCCCUCAUCUCAAGUGCGCGACCCGAUAGAACUCAGGAAUGUAUAUUCACCGCGCCACUGGGGAUCCCGAGGCUAGUUAGCGCUCUGAAUGAUGUGCGCGAACCUGUUCGCAAUGAAGCCCUAGUUUUGCUUAUCGCAUUGACGCCGUCCUCCGAAGAACUUCAGAAACUAGUCGCCUUCGAAAAUACCUUUGAAACACUAUUCUCCUUAAUCGAAGCGGAGGGAGCAUUAACACAUGGUUCGGAAGUCGUAGCAGACUGUCUGGCCUUGUUAGCAAACCUUUUGAAGCUGAACAUCUCGAAUCAAUCAUACUUCCGGGAAACAGGCUGUGUCAAGAGGUUGGCGAAACUUCUUGCCGAUGUCAACCAGGAACAAGACCAGGAUGGACCGUCUCCAUGGAUCCUCGCACAUCGCGACAAGAAUAUCUGGGGCACAUUAGCUAUCAUCCAAUUAUUUUUGGCGAAGGGCGGAAUUAAUACGCCUGCGAACCAGAUGGCAUUUUGGCAUAGUGGUGUCAUGGAACAGGUGUUGAAUUUAGCUUUUGGUCAGCGGUUUACCGUCAAUAUCACGUCCAAGGCAUUGGCAACGUGUGCCGAUUUGAUCCGAGGAAAUCCAGGUUUGCAAGAACAGUUCGGAGACGUCGAAGUCCUCUGGGGAAGUGAGCCCACCAGUGAACGCACUCCAAACGGCGAAAUCAUAGUCAAUGGCUUCCAGAGAAUUAACGUGAUUGAAGCUCUACUCAAGUUAACCCUCGAACCUGCAUCCAUUCAGCAAUUGGAUGCGCGUCUUGCCGCUUGCGAAUGUAUAAAAGCCUUCUUUGUCAACCACUCUGGAAUCCGACAGCACGUUUUGCGACGAGCAAUCGAUGGACACCUCAGCGGUCAAGAUGAAAUCCCUAACAUCUUGUCUGUCCUGCUCACUCCACCAGAGUCCCGUGGCAACGCGGAUCUGUACCAGACUUGGAUGGCUUCCGUCUUGAUGUUCCAUUUAGUUUUCGAGGAUGCUGAGGCUAAAUCAAUGGCCAUGAAAGUAACAGAGGGCGACGCCGAAAGUGGUGAAGAGGUUAUCACUUGUGUACAAACUAUCGUGGGCCAUCUGAUUACGGGCAUGCAGCGAGGCGAUGAUGAAAGAAUAUCUGUGGGAUACCUAAUGCUGCUAUGCGGGUGGCUUUUCGAGGACCCGGACGUGGUCAACGAUUUCCUAGGCGAAGGUAGCAGCAUCCAAAGUCUGCUGCAAGAAACAAAGCACCGUGGCGUCUCGAAUGUUCUUGUGCCUGGUCUCUCUACUAUUCUGCUGGGUAUCAUAUACGAAUUUUCUUCGAAGGACUCGCCGAUUCCGCGGGAAACGCUACACAAGCUGUUGAUGGAACAGAUGGGAAGAGACCCGUAUAUUGACAAGAUCACUCGAUUCAGAGAGUCACCGCUGGUCCGCGAUUUCGAAGUCUUGCCACAAACGGUGGGCGCAACACAGCAUGACGGAGGAAUGCCUGACAUCUUCUUUGACCGGACAUUUAUCGAUUUCCUCAAAGAUAACUUCAGUCGCUUGCUCCGCGCGAUCGAUCGUGAGCCUGAUCUGGAAAUUUCUGUUAUCACGAAUGGUGUCCAAAGGGGAAUAUCACGAGAAAUGAUCGAUUCUCUGCGCUCUGAGGUGGAAGAACGGAACCAAGCAGUGCAGAAACUGGAAGCAGACCUACACAGCCUGAAACAGAAGCUCGAACAAGAGCAAUCCGAGCUCAUGAAGGCGAUGGAUUCCAGUUCCGUGGAGACUGCUCGGAUCAAGCAAAUAAACGAGGCACUGCAGCGGAACCACGAGCAAGAGCUACGGAGGCUGGAAGAACAACACAACCAGGCGAAAAAUGGCCUUCUCAAGCAGCACGGCGACCAGUUGCGGGCCAUGGACAACCAGUUGAAAGAAACCUCCGCGGACCGCGAGAAGAGAGGCCAACAGUACGAAUCUGAAAUCGCGGAACUGCAGGAGACCAUCAAUCUGCUCGAGUCCGACAUUGCGAGAUCCAAGGAACAGCAGACUCAUGAAUCUGCUCGUUUGCAAAAGAUCAUCCAGUCUCUGGAGUCUGGUCUUUCGCAAUCCAGGGAACAACAGGCGGGUGAAGUGGCUCAGUUGCAGAAGACGAUAAAGUCCUUGGAGGCCGAUCUUGCGCAAGCCAGACAACAAGCUGGUGAAGUUGCUAACUUACAACAGAUGAUCCAGUCUCUGGAGUCCGACCUCGUUAGUUCCCAGGAGCAGCAUGCAGGCGAGGUUGCUGACUUGAGAGGUACCAUCGAGAAACUGGAGUCUGACGCUGGUCAGGCCAAAGAGCAGCAUGCUACCGGUCUCGCGGACAAGGACAAAGCCAUCCAGAAUCUCCAGUCAGACAUGGAAGCACUCAAGAAGCAGCACGACAAGGAAGUCACAGACCAGAAAGCUACGAUCGACUCUUUACGAUCUGACCUCGAGAACGCCAAGAAGAAAUCCACGAAUGAUACCAAAGCCAUCCACGACGAAUAUGCCGCCAAGCUGUCCGCGCUAGAGAAGCGUGCUGAGGAAGCAGAGCGCAAGGCCGAGGAGACAGAAGCUAAAGCGAAGAAGCAAGCGGAGGAAGCCUCACAGAAGAGCAAAUCUGCGGACGCAGAUGCCAAGAAGAACGCUAAAGAAUUCAAGGACCUACGUGCAGAGCUUGACAAGACGAAAUCCCAGGUGAAGGAUGCAGAACAGAAGGGAGGCUCAGCAAAUGCCGAUGCUAAGAAGAGCGCCAAGGAACUUCAGGAUCUGCGGGCGGAACUUGAUAAAGCAAACAACCGGAUCAAGGAGGCAGAGCAGAAAGGAGACACGGCCGACGCUGGCGCAGAAAAGACCGCCAAGGAACUUGAGAGUCUACGCGAAGAGCUUGACCAAGCAAAGUCGCAACUCAAGGAGGCAGAGCAGAUGGGAGAAGACGCGGACGCGGACGCAAAGAAAAAUGUCCAAGAACUCAAGGAUCUACGGGCACAGCUUGAAAAAGCAAACACCCAGAUAAAGGAAGCAGAAGAGGCCAGCAAAUCCUCGCGGUCUGAGCUAGAUAAAGCCAAGUCGGAAGCUAAGGAGAAGGAAGAAGCGCGGAAGGCUGCACAAUCGGAACUUGAAGAUCUCUUGAUUGUGUUUGGCGAUCUGGAGGCGAAGAGGGAGCAAGAUAAGAAACGUCUCAAGGAGCUCGGGCAGGAAGUGUCUGAGGCUGAGGAUGAUGACGAUGAUGAAGAGGAGGACGAUGAUGAAUAG